AUGAAUUAUGCCAUUCUCCUAAAUGGGAAGACUACUAAACCAUUUGAUGCAGCUAGAGAGCUUAGUCAAGGAGAUUUUAUGUCUUCAUUUCUCUUUGCCAUAGCAAUGGAGUAUCUGGGCAGGAAACUAAAGGCACUUAAACAUGAGAAAACUUUCGACUAUCAUCCUAUGUGUUCUAGAUUGGACCUAACUCAUUUGAGCUUUGUUGAUGACCUUCUCCUCUUCACAAGAGGAUAUACUACUUAUGUUGUCCUAUUUCACCAAAAGUUCAACACCUUUUCAGAAGCUUCUAGGAUUAAAGAAAAUCUAGCCAAAAGCUCAAUAUAUUAUGGAGGAGUUAGCAAUGAACUGAAGCACGAGAUUCAACAAGCCCUAGCAAUUUCUUCAUGGACAGCAAAGAAACUGUCUUAUGCAGGCAGAAUACAGCUAGUCCAAACAGUAAUCUUUAACAUUCAAGCUUACUGGGCUCAAAUCUUCAUUAUACCUGCUAAAGUCAUCAAAGCAAUUGAAGUGCAAGAAAGAAUGUUAACAGCUGAUAAGUUAAAGAAAUGGGGAAUGCCGACUCAUGCUCUGGCUGCAAAUUCAGUAUCCUCCUAUAGACUCAUGGGAAGCAAAUCACCAAUGGAUAGUUAUGAAACUAAGGGCAGAUCUCAGAUGGCAAGAGUACUUAAGCUAGUCUAUGCAGUAUAUAUUCAUGCACUGUGGAUUGACAGAAAUUCACGGAUCUUAGAGAAGCAAACUACAGCAUGGGAAGUCCUAGCUAGGAGAGUGGCUUGCAUGUGCAACUUCAGAGCUAAAGGCUAUACGCGAGUGUUGCUCAGCAAUGAGCAGACUGAGAUGGUACAUAGGAAACAGCCGAGUGAGCAGUCCUUAUUGCUUCGCAAUGACUUUCAGUUAUCGCAAUUGCGAUAUAAAGUUCGAAAUUGCGAUGAUCGCAAAAACGAUCAACCGUUCGCAAAUGCGAAGAAGUCACUGAGCUUGUUAUCCUCGCAAAUGUGA